CCAUGAGUCAGGUGCAAACUCUCUGCCACACUGUGAACACUGUGGAUAUGAGAAUGACCAGAGGGAGCAGGUGAUGCCGAGGAAACUGUCUGGAGAGCAGUACUUGCUGAAGCUGGACGGCGAGGGCUCUUACCAGUGCGGCGCCACRGGCUUGAUCUUCGAGGUGGCCCGCGCGGCCGCCGUGCGGUACACGGUGCUGUCGUGGAGCAAGUACGCGGAGCUGGUGGAGGACGCCUGGAUGGUGGGCGGCCCGCUCUUYGACGUCGGCUGCAGCCCGGCCGGCGCGCUGGCCGCCAUCGGCUUCCCGCAYGCGCUGUGUCUCGGCGGCGACGCGCGCCCGGCCUUCAAGGUGCUGCACGUCAAGGAAGGGUCCGUGGCGGCGCUGGAGGCGCCGGCCGAGUACACGCCGACGCACGUGCGGUGGCUCGUGAGCUCGCUGUCCCCCGUGGGGCCCCUGCUGCGGGUCGAGGAGCCGGUGCUCUACCACGGCGCCGUGGUCCUCUACAAGGUGGUGGACAACCACCCUUCGCUGUCCUUCCGCGUCUACGUGGCCACCAACAAUGACUCCUUCAUAAAGGAUAUAUCGAAAGCAGUGAAACAAUCCAGCAAGAAAUUCAUGAAAAUUGACAAGCCACCUGUCUGUCUAAAGCAGCUGCAGAAAGGAAAAAGAUACCGAUUAGUCUGUGAGCCUGAAGCUGAGAUAACACCAGAGGAGAUUGAAUUUCUGGAUGGCUCUCUCUUGAAGCUGAAGAGUUACAUCGAGGUCUAUUUGGAGAAGCCAGAUGACUUCACCUUGUCCCUGAUUGAACUGGAGUCCGAUGAGGUCGUAUGGAAGGCAAAGCUGAGGGAGAGGGACUGGAUACAUCAUGAUCAGAACAGGAAUGAGCAGAAGAAAAGGACAGGUGUCAAGAGGCAGCAGUCCACCAGCAAUUUCUCUGAAGAUGAAGGAUACUACCAGAAAAAGUGGAAGGGCAGCGAUACUGCAGAUGACAUUAAAACAAAAAGUUUACUGACUGACCAGCAGCUCAUGGUCAUUGCCAAGAGGUUCGGCAGAGAGUGGAAAGAAAUCGCCAUCGAGUGUCUUCAGCUGGAAAUGAAGGACAUCCAGCAGAUUCAGGCAGAGGCAAAUGAGGUCAAUAUUCAUAAAUUUUUGAUGUUGAGCAAGUGGAGAGAUAGAGAGAAGAGUAAUGGAACAGCAAAAAGUCUCUACAACAGCCUCAAGGAUAAGGCGCCGUAUGACAUCRUCGAGAUACUGGAAGGCUUUUUGGCUCAGUGACCAAUUUGUGGAGAAGCAGCUAAAAGGAGAAAACUCAGGAAGGUCCCUCAGCCAAACAGUUCAACAUUUCAAACUCUUUACCUGGGAUCUCAGUGCGUUUCCAAUAUGAAGAUUCAAGCCCUAUUCAGUCAGCGGAAAGUUUAAGCAAAAUCUUUGAAAGACAUGGGCGUGAAAUCCUACACUGAUAGAAGGGAACUGGAUGCUUUCAGGAGCAGUUAGUCAUGUGUUCAGAUCCCAGUCAUCGUGCCUGCCUCGUCAAAACGGAGGUGCUCGUCUAGGCAAAUGUGAAACUUCAAACUUCCACUGAAUUUUGUCUCACUCUAAAAGUGAGACUCAGCAAAAUUGGUUCGCCUCUUUUUUAUAUGGAGUUUUUCUCUUGAGGCAGCCUUAUUGGAAUCAGGGAAAUAGAA